ACAUCUCUGGUGGGUGGGAGUGGAGCUGAUUGCAUAAUGCUCUUCAACAUCUGACCACUAACUGGUGACACUUUCUGACACUGUUUAUUUGCUGUUUUGAAGUUCGUCCUCAGUGCAGGUCAACAGAGUAAGAACAGCUGCAGUACCAUGGCUGCCUUCCUGCAUCACUGCCCCUUUCUGAAGUCAGUUCCUAAACCAGCUUUAAGACGGACAGGAGCGGCCUGGCUGACUCUGGCUGAUAAAUGCCCCAUCAUUGCUCGCCAGAUCACCGUGAGUAGCCCGGCCUCUCUGAAUGCCGCGCUGACCAUAUCGCCUACCAAGAUGAAGAGUCACCGACUUCCAACGGUGGACCAAAGGAUAAUGUCUUCUCAAACGGCCACUCAGGUGGCUGUGUCUGUAUCGAAGGUUUGCCCUUUUGUCACCUCUCAGAUUGGGAUGGUCCAAGCCAGCCUUGAAGUACAGGAGGACGUCAAAGAAGGUUUGAUGACUUCUCUGUUAAAGGGUUUAAAAGAUUCAGUCCUCCAACCAUCAGUUCAGACCAACACUGUCACCCACCUCCUUAAAGACAACAUGGCUGGCCCCAGCUAUGACUACGACCGCUUCUUCAUUGAGAAGAUCGCUGACAAAAAGAAGGACCACACAUACAGAGUCUUCAAGACGGUGAACAGGAAUGCUGAGGUCUUCCCUUUUGCAGAGGAUUACUCCGUCUCUGGGCGGGAGGGCUCCCAGGUGUCCGUCUGGUGCAGCAACGACUAUCUGGGAAUGAGUCGGCACCCACGGGUCCUCAGUGCGAUCAGAGAUGCCCUGGACAGACACGGUGCAGGUGCAGGUGGGACCAGGAACAUCUCUGGCACCAGUAACUUCCACGUGUCUCUGGAGAAAGAGCUCGCCCAUCUACACAAGAAAGACGCAGCUCUGGUCUUCUCCUCCUGCUUCGUGGCAAAUGACUCCACCCUCUUCACUUUAGCUAAAAUGCUGCCAGGGUGCGAGAUCUACUCAGAUGCAGGGAACCACGCAUCAAUGAUUCAGGGCAUCAGGAACAGUGGAGUGAAGCGCUUCAUCUUCCGCCAUAAUGAUAGCCGCCACCUGGAGGAACUGCUGCAACGCUCAGACCCCAAAACACCCAAAAUAGUGGCAUUUGAGACGGUGCAUUCGAUGGAUGGUGCCAUAUGUCCUCUAGAAGAGCUGUGCGAUGUGGCUCACCGUUAUGGAGCUCUGACGUUUGUUGAUGAAGUACACGCUGUGGGCCUGUAUGGAGCCCAUGGAGCUGGAGUGGGAGAGAGAGACAAUGUUAUGCACAAGAUUGACAUUGUGUCUGGGACCUUAGGAAAAGCCUUUGGCUGUGUGGGAGGCUACAUUGCCAGCAGCGCUGCCCUAGUGGACACAGUGCGCUCCUUUGCAGCUGGCUUCAUCUUCACAACUGCCCUGCCACCAAUGGCUCUGGCUGGAGCCUUGGAGUCUGUCCGGGUGCUGAAGAGCCCCGAGGGGCAGGGGCUCCGCAGAGCCCACCAGAGGAACGUAAAACACAUGAGGCAGCUGCUCAUGGAUAAUGGCCUACCUGUGGUCAACUGCCCCAGCCACAUCAUCCCCAUACGGGUGGGCAACGCUGAGCUGAACACCAAGGUGUGUGACACCCUGCUGGAGAGAUACAACAUCUACGUCCAGGCCAUUAACUACCCCACAGUGCCGCGAGGUGAGGAGCUGUUGCGCCUGGCUCCGUCUCCUCAUCACAAUCCCGCCAUGAUGGAGUAUUUUGUGGAUGCACUGGUGGAGGUGUGGCAGGAGGCGGGGCUCCUGCUCAACAGCCCGGCCACGGCCUCCUGCACCUUCUGUGAUCGCAAGCUGCAUUUUGACCUCAUGAGUGAGUGGGAGAAAUCCUACUUCGGCAACAUGGAACCGCAAUACAUUACUGUGUCUGCAUAAUACCAAAGUAAAUCAAGUUUCUCACCACAAGCUACACAUACAGUAUAUGUUUAAAUUUAAUACUAUUUUUGACAUUAUUUUAAAUUAUACUUCAGGUGCACUAAGAGUACUAAUGUACUAACUUUGUAUUUGUGUUUAAAUAUUCUUUAAUGUCAGUGGCAUGGACUUAAUUCCAGUAUUUAUUCAUGUUUUCCUGUAUUUAUGUAUUCAAAAUUUGUGGUUAAAUAUUAUUAAAGAAAAUUGUGCCUCCACCAUUUUAAAAGCAUAAAACCUGCACAUCGGGCACUUUCUUAAAUCUCUUAUCUAGGUGUGAUAGUUCCAAUUAAACCAUGCUUUCUUUCA